GUGCGGAGCCGGCGCACCCGCGCGUGUGUUCGCCCCCCCUCCCCACUCCAGGCCGCCAGGAUGGACGUGUUCAUGAAGGGCCUGUCCAUGGCCAAGGAGGGCGUCGUGGCUGCGGCCGAGAAAACCAAGCAAGGGGUCACCGAGGCGGCCGAGAAGACCAAGGAGGGCGUCCUCUACGUCGGAAGCAAGACACGGGAGGGCGUGGUACAAGGUGUGGCCUCAGUGGCUGAGAAAACCAAGGAGCAAGCAACGCACCUAGGAGGUGCUGUGUUCUCCGGGGCUGGCAACAUCGCUGCAGCCACUGGGCUGGUCAAGAAAGAGGAGUUCCCCACCGACCUGAAGCCAGAGGAAGUGGGCCAGGAAGCUGCUGAGGAGCCUUUGAUUGAACCCCUGAUGGAACCCGAAGGGGAGAGCUAUGAGGAAUCCCCGCAGGAAGAAUAUCAGGAAUAUGAGCCAGAGGCCUAAGGACCAGGGUCGGUCCUCACCAGCAGCACAAUUUCUUUCCUGUCCCCCAGAUCGGCCCCAUCCUGGCCCCCCCCCACCCAGAACCAGGGCUGUCCUAAUUUACCUCCCCCUCCCCCGCCUCUCCUGAGCCCCCAAACACGAGAUCUUCCUUCUGCUCCGAGGCAACCCCCGACCCCACUUCCUUUCCUCGGAGCCUGUGUUCGUUAUCUGUCCAUCUGUCUGUCCUCCUCCGCCCCGGGCGUCCUACCCUUGGGAGGGGGGGGGGGCCGUGGACUGGAUUGUGGGGGGGUCCGAGACUAUUCCCUGGGAGCCCCUGACCCCACGACGGUCGCCACCCCCCUCCCUCCAGCGCCCCCCCAAUCCCCCCAUCGCGUCUGACGUCUAGCAUGUUCUAUGUAUUUUUCAUCGAAGACCAGAAAUGAUGGCUCCCUCCCCACUCCCCACCCGCACCCCAAAACACACAGCUCUUCAAGGGGUGCCUCCACCUCCCGGGCAGCUCCGCCCUCACAUCC